UGGGGGAUGGUGGCUGAAGGACGCUGUCAUACAGAGGGAAGCCCCUAGAGCAACUAUAGCAGUGUCAGGGUGACUCUGUGGCAUGAUGGGGUUCAGAGAUCACAGGGUGGCAGAGAGGAUGGCAAGGGAAGAUGGAGUGUGCAGGUGAUGGGACUUUGUGUCACCAUGACCGUGUCACAAGAGCUGACGUACGUACUGAGGUGACAAGUUACUUAAGUGAUGAGGGCUGUAGGGUCCUGGAAGGAAGUUACCAGGUGACUGUGGUGAGUGGGCACCGGAUGAGUGAGACAGAGCAGUUUGGACUGACAGUGAUCAGGCAGGAUCUGGAAAGCCAGCAGGGUGGAGGGGGUACUUCCCCGAAGCAGCUGGAGAUCGGAAGCUGGGAAGAACUUGGAAGCAGAAAGCCUGGCAGCUCAGUUCCAGGGCAGGCCCCUCUCAACUUCCCAUCUCGGGCAUCCUGGCAGGUUGGAGUUUGGGGUGCUUAGCCGAUGGAGGUGGUCAGGAGCGUAGACUGGAUUCGAUCCCCAAUUCCUCCAUUUCCUAGCUGUGUGACUUUGGGUAAAGGAGCUCGAGGCUUUGGGCGGGGAGCCCUGCUCCGCAUGAACAUCUGGCCAGCUGUCCAAGGGGCCUGCAAACAACUGAAGCUCUGUGAGCAUUGUGUAGAGGGGGACAGAGCACACAACCUCUCUGGCUGUGUGUGGGAACAAUGUCGGCCGGAAGAGCCAGGACACUGUGUGGCCCAAGCUGAGGUGGUCAAGGAAGGUUGCUCUGUCUACAACAACUCAGAGUCAUGUCCAGCAGCCCACCACCACCCCACCUAUGAACCGAAGACAAUCACAACAGGGAUCCCCUCUGUCCCUGAAGCCCACAACCCUGGCUUUGAUGGGGCCAGCUUCAUUGGAGGCAUCGUGCUGGUGCUGAGCCUACAGGCAGUGGGCUUCUUCAUCUUGCGCUUCCUCAAGGCCAAGGACAGCACCUACCAGACACUGGAGGAGAACCAGUAGGUGACAGCCAGGCGAGACUUUGGCCUGCAGCUGUGUGGCCGCGGGCAGGACCUUGGCCAUGUGUGCGGUUUGGUUUUCCUCUGAGAAGGGGAGCUGCUCAGAGGCCCCUGUGUGCCGUGUGUGCUGUGGGGCGGGUCACUGCAGCCUCAAUUAAAGUGUUUGCUCUUCCAGCUGCUGCCUGCUCUCUGGGGGUAGGGGUCCUUAGCCUGGCUGAGGCAGGGCCACUGCCCUGACUGCCCUCUCUGUCUGGCCUCUGCAGAAUCUGACCCCCUUCAGGCCUGGAUUCCACACUGAGGGGAAGAAGGAUGAAGAGGCUGCUUUCUUGCCCCCCUUGUGGGCACUGGGGGUGGGAAAAACUUUAGGCACCAAUUUUUGUCCCCUGCAAGCACCGAGCAGUCCCAGUGCCCAAUGCUGACUUCCCCUCCUGCCCUGGGCCUGGUACCUGCAGCUGGCAGCAUCCUUCGACCACCUCCUGCCUCAUCCAUCAUCCCUGCGAGCCUCCUGCUUGGCACUGGGUCUGUGCCUGCCUGGACACUACCCCUAAAUAAAGGAA